CACAUCCCUCCUCCUCAUGGCCGGGUCAUGUGCCAAAUGCGGCUUGGGCCGGUGGUGGGUCUCUGCUCAGUGUUCCAAGCCACCGUUCUCCAGGGUGGGGUGGGAGCAGCGUGGGCAGGGGCAGAGGAAAAGACACUGCUGACCCCGGGAAGCUGAAGCCCCGGCCAGAUGGGAGCGCCCGGCCCAUUGUCUGGAUCACAAGUGUCCCUUUCUUGUCUGAGCACAAAGCCCAGACUGUGCUGGGUAGCAUGCAGGUUGGUGGGCAGGCAGGCCAGCAUUGCAUGGAGAUGCUCUGACCCCCAGGGGAUUCCUCUGGGAGGAGAAUGGCCAGUUGAGUCAGAGGAAAUGACCUCUGGCUUCCCUUCCAACCUCCCCUCAGUGGGCAGCAUGCUGGGGGGGAAAAUGACCCUCUGGCCAGCUCUCACCUGCUUGACUCAGCAGAUGCCAGCCCCUGCCAACCAAAGGCCUUGACCACCACCACCUUUGGCUUUUCUUUCCCAUCCAGGGAGGUAUCCCGGCCACCAGAGGUGACCAUUGCCCCAGGCAUUUGAGGCCUUGGCAUAGAUGCCCAUAGAUGGGUGGUACCCUGAGUCAAGCCCUAGUCUCCCUCCAACAGGCAGCAGUGCUUUGGGGAUUAUUCACAGGCCCCUUUCAUUCCCUUCCUGCUCUGUGUGAGACCUGUGGUAAGGGCUCUGCAUCCAUUGUCUCCUAAUCCUUACAACAGUUGUGCAAGGUAAGUUUAUCAUUCCCACUGUAGAGGUGAAGGCUUCGAGGCUCAGGAAGAUAGUGACUUGCCCAAGGUCACACAACCAGGUUUUCAGUGCAGGUUUGUCUAUUGGCACAGCCCCUCUGCCUACUUCACAUCUCUUGUGAGCAAGGCAGGAAAGAUCUGUAGAACCUUCUAGAGGAGCAUUCUUAACCUUCUUUCACAUUCUUCCAGUGAACAAAUGCUGUCUUUCUGACCUUGGUACACCUUUCCUUCUUCCAGAAAUAUCAGGCCAGUUCUUGCUCUUCAGAUGCUCUAUAGGACUGUGCUGUUGCCGGGCUGGCUCUCUCCCUUCCUCCCUCCAUUUUCUCUCUCUAGGGAAGACCAAGCAGGAAGAGGGCUGCCUCAGUCCCCUGGGAAACUGUCCCCAGGCCCUAGUCCUUUGUUUGUGGGCUCUAUGGCCUGAUCAGCUUGCAGCCAGGCUGUGGGAGAAGGAAUUUAGCAAAGAUGAGCUCAUGUGGUGCUGGCCCCUGUGGGUGCUCAGUCUAGCUCAGGGGUUGGAGACCCAAAUGCCUCCAGGGCCCAGGGGGCAAUGGAAUGAGUGAGGUGGGCCAGGAAGCUACUCAGCUGCAGUUUGUGUCACCAUAUGAGAAUGUGCAUUUGGUAUGACCAAAUUGUCCAAUUUUCAAGAUGAGCCAGAAAUCCAUACUUUUAUGUAUAAUCUUGUUUUAAAAUGUUGGCAACUAAUCAGAAUAUUUUAAAAAAUUUCUUGUGGGCCCACAGAACGCAGCCAUGUCUAGCCUGAGAGUCACGAGGCUGAGAUCUCUGGUCCACGGUAAAAUGACAGCACUUUUUGCCAGGCCACCCUCGAGCAUGUAUAGACGUAGCGCCAUAGGCUGGUUUCCACAUUUUUUGAACCUUUUGAGGCUGCAGGGUGCUGGCAUUUGGUUUGUUGUGUGUAGCCGUGUAUGCUGGUCUUGAAUUCUUUUCAUCUCCCUCAUCAGUUUUGUGCCUCCCUUAUGCUGCUCGGCAAGUCUCAUCAUCCCUGUCUUACAUGUGAGGAAUCUGCGUCUCAGGCAUGAGAAUAACUGGGAUGGGGUCACACAGCCCAGGCAGGGCAGAAACAACAUUUGAACCCAGGGCGCCCCCUUCAGUGCUCUGUGUGUUAACACCAGGCUACCCACAAAAGAGGGGAUCCUCAUCCCCCUUCCACCCCCAAGGUGCAGCCAACUCCCUUAGAGGGAUGGAUCUGAGUAUAGUAGAUACUUACCCAAGUAAAGUGUCUGUGCCCACAAGUCGCUGGGUCCCCAGUCUCUGUUGUCCUGUUUGCAGUUCCCCAAGCCUUAGGUUCCUAGCCUGGUGCCAGGGUUGGGUCACAGAGAUGCUAUCUACAGGUAAGGGUGCCAAGCCAGUACCUUGCUCUAGCUGGAAAAGAGGUUCUGGCCAGCUCCACAUCUGGCUGGCUGUGGCAGCUGGGACAAUUCCCGUCAUCUCUCUCUGGCUUCAGUUCAUCUGUCUUGGUGUGGGAGGAGUGUAAAAAUGUCACCAGUGCCUCCCUGAAAUGCCCUUCCUGCUAGGAUGGCGGACUUUGCCGUCACUUGGGUUUCACAACCACUUGGCUAUGUGGGUCUGAGCCGGCCCCAGCUCCUUGUCUGUAGAAUGGGGGUGGCAACAGCCACCUCCUGAGUGUCACUGAGAUAGUGAAUGUAAAGAGGCUAGCAGCAGGCCUGGCGUGUGCAGGUCACACAGCACAGUUUGGCAGCCACCUUAUUCCACCCCACUCUCCUCCCUCCCUCCUCUGUCCCUGGUCUUAGUCCCUGUCCCUUCACCUGAACAGCAGCUUUGGCCACACAUCCAAGGAACCUCAUGACCCAGAGCCCCAGCUGCCUGGGCUUCCCUUUGCCCACCCAGAGCCCUUGCAUGUGUCUCCAUGUAGUCUUUCCUUUUAUUCACUUAGAUGUAUGGUCCUCAGCUUGCUUAUAAACCACCCUGCAAGGGCCAAGAGCUGGGUGACAGCUUCUCUCUCAGUGACAUUUUGAUGAAUGGCCAACAUUUCUCAGGAAUGAAUUGGAUGCAGACCCAGCUCUUGAUGUGUUCCUUGUCUCUACGGCUAAAAGACCAAACAGGUCCCGCGCGGCCCCGGGUGAGGCCCGCCCGCGCGCCCGCCGGCGCCAUGGAAAGGAGCGGGCGCCACUGCUGCUGCCCCCCGCCGGCGCGCGCACGACUUGAGCCCCGCCGCAGGCAGCCCCCAGCCGCGGGUCCCCAGGUGACACUGGCUGCGCCUGGGAGCGUGGCGCGGGCCCGGGGCCACGUAGAGGAGCCCAGUGUCCAGUGAAGCAGCCGAGGACCCGCCGCCUGCGCCGCCGCCAUGGUUAUGUCUCAGGGCACCUACACGUUUCUCACGUGCUUCGCCGGUUUCUGGCUCAUCUGGGGGCUCAUUGUCCUACUCUGCUGCUUCUGCAGCUUCCUGCGCCGCCGCCUCAAACGGCGCCAGGAGGAACGACUGCGUGAGCAGAACCUGCGCGCCCUCGAGCUGGAGCCCCUCGAGCUCGAGGGCAGCCUGGCCGGCAGCCCUCCUGGCCUGGCGCCGCCGCCACCGCCGCACCGCGGCCGCCUCGAAGCGCCGGCACACGCGCACCAGCAUGUGCACGUGCACCCGCUGCUGCACCACGGGCCCGCGCAGCCGCACGCGCACCCGCACGCACACCACCACGCGCUGCCGCACCCACCGCCGCCGCAUCUCUCCGUGCCGCCGCGUCCCUGGAGCUACCCGCGCCAAGCGGAAUCGGACAUGUCCAAGCCACCAUGCUACGAAGAGGCGGUGCUAAUGGCCGAGCCGCCGCCGCCCUACAGCGAGGUGCUCACGGACACGCGCGGCCUGUACCGCAAGAUCGUCACGCCCUUUCUGAGCCGCCGCGACAGCUCCGAGAAACAGGAACAGCCGCCGCCCAGCUACAAGCCGCUCUUCCUUGACCGAGGCUACACGUCGGCGCUGCACUUGCCCAGCGCCCCGCGGCCUGCGCCGCCUUGCCCUCCACUCUGCCUGCAGGCGGACCGCAGCCGCCGGGUCUUCCCCAGCUGGACCGACUCGGAACUCGGCAGCCGCGAGCCGCUGGAGCACGGAGCUUGGCGCCUGCCGGUCUCCAUCCCCUUGUUCGGGAGGACUACAGCCGUAUAGAGCGGCGCCCGGCGUCCCGGGCCCCACCCGCGGACUCCUGGCCUGACUGUGGGGCUUUUUAAAUGCUUCCCUUGGACUGCGGGAGGGAGGGGGGGCGCGGGAGGGAGGGAUUUCUUACCCCGUUUGUUACAUUUUGAGGAUAAUAAAGGUGUGUGAUCUGGUUUGGUACAA